AUGUGUGCCGUGAGAGAUUACACCUGCUACGCCUACAACACCUCCUCCGUCUAUAACUGCUCCUGCAACUCCGCGCGCCCCGCCUGCACCAAAUCCAGAAAGUCAUCGCGCAUGUGCACGAACCCUACAUCUGGCCCUUGUCUGCCGGGCGUCUGCCGCAACAGCACCACGUCCUUCCAGGGUUGCAUCUGCCCCAAAGGCUUCUUCCAAACCACCACCCCUGCUGGCAUCCCCUACUGCGCUCCCGGUAAACUUCCCGACCAAAAAUUGAUCACGCAUGAGGAGCGUCGAGAAGACUGCGCGUACUUCGUCUGUUGGCGGGUCAUCACCACCAUCCACCCCGUCCCCACCACCAUCACGACCACCACCACUGUCACCGUCGCCAUCAGCACCAUCAUCAGCACCAUCAUCAGCACCAUCAUCAGCAUCACCAUCAGCACCACCAUCCGCACCACCAUCCGCACCACCAUCCGCACCACCAUCCGCACCACCAUCCGCACCACCAUCCGCACCACCAUCCGCACCACCAUCCGCACCUCCGAGUUCGAAGUCAGGCACGCAAGACACCUCCUCUCAGUCACCCUUGGCAGGCCAGCCGCCCUCUGCAGGUGGGUGACCCAGCCUGCUGCAACAACACCCUCAGGCUCGCUCUUCUCUCCAGGCACCCCAGCCCCACUAGUUCGCAAGGAGCAUCAUGAUCACGAGAGUGCUGCGGUGCAAAAGGCCUUGAAGGCAGGAGCACGGGACAAUGACGAGGAGGAGGGUCGACCAGCAGCAGUCCCAGCAGCAGCGGGCGGCCCUGUGGUGUGUCGGGAGCUGCCGUACUGGGAGGUGGUGGAGCAGAUGGCAUCGAAGCACCACUCGCACCUGGUGCGGCUGCUGGGGUACUGUGUGCACAUGGAUGCGCGCACGGAGCAGCACGAGCAGAUCGUCGUCUACGAGUUCAUGGGGGGAGGAGACCUGCAAGCCUGCAUGCCCGCCCACCUCGCUGAUGCGGCUCAGAUCGCCUUCCUAGGGUGUCCGGACAUUGAAGUGGGGACAGCGAAAAGUGGGGUGUGCGGGGAGGGAGGGGAGUGUGGGAAGGGUGGGGAGUGUGGGAAGGGUGGGGAGUGUGGGAAGGGUGGGAAGGGUGGAAGGGUGGGGAGUGUGGGAAGGGUGGGGAGUGUGGCAAGGGUGGGAAGGGUGGGGAGUGUGGAAAGGGUGGGAAGUGUGGGAAGGGUGGGGAGUGUGGGAAGGGUGGGGAGUGUGGAAAGGGAAGGGUGGGGAGUGUGGGAAGGAUGA